GCACGUUGUUCUUGCACAGUAAGCUCGAGCGUGCGUAGCGUUUUGGGGAAAGGACGGGACAGAAUCCGACUGAACACUUUGACACGAUGAACUGGGUGGACCCUUCUUCAAAUUCAGGCUACGGGGGGUUUAAGACGGUAGCUAGCUAGCAAGAUAGACAACGCAGCUGGACAGCAAGUUAGGGAUACUUUUCGGAAUACUUUUCGAAUCAUCAAUUUCAUGAUCUCAAGUCAACCCACGGCCUAAGGAUAUCCUGCGGUUUUCCUUUUGUGUCUGCCCCCGGAAAAGCAUUACUUUGGGGGUCUCUCCCAACUAAACCUCUACACUGGAUUAGACAGAACCAGCUCGUAGAGAACAACGACGCCUGGUGACGAAUAUUGAAUAUGACAGGGGUGUGUGGUUGCUGUGGGGCUCUGAGGCCCCGCUACAAGAGACUGGUGGACAACAUUUUCCCAGAGGACCCAGAGGACGGGUUGGUGAAGGCUAACAUGGAGAAGUUGACGUUCUAUGCCCUGUCAGCUCCAGAGAAGCUGGACCGUAUCGGGGCCUACCUGUCAGAGAGGCUCUCCAGGGACGUGGCUAGGCACCGCUACGGGUAUGUGUGUAUAGCUAUGGAGGCUCUGGAUCAGUUGCUGAUGGCGUGCCACUGUCAGAGCAUCAACCUGUUUGUGGAGAGUUUCCUUAAGAUGGUCCGUAAACUGCUGGAGGCCGACAAACCCAACCUACAGAUCCUGGGAACCAACUCUUUUGUGAAGUUUGCCAACAUUGAGGAGGACACUGCUUCUUAUCAUCGCAGCUAUGACUUCUUUGUUUCGCGCUUCAGCGAGAUGUGUCACUCCAGCUACGAGGACCCAGACAUCCGCACCAAGAUCCGUAUGGCUGGGAUAAAUGGUCUACAGGGGGUUGUGAGGAAGACGGUGAAUGAUGACCUACAGUCUAACAUCUGGGACCCCCAGCACAUGGACAAGAUCGUCCCCUCACUGCUCUUCAACCUGCAGAGUGGAGAGGGCACUGAGAGCCGCUCCCCCUCUCCCCUGCAGGCGUCGGAGAAAGAGAAGGAGAGUCCGGCAGAGCUGACAGAGCGCUGCUUCAGAGAGCUGCUGGGACGGGCCGCCUACGGCAACAUCAAGAACGCUGUCACACCAGUACUCAUGCACUUAGAUAACCACUCUCUGUGGGAGGGGAAGACCUUUGCAGUCCGCUGCUUUAAGAUCAUCAUGUACUCUAUCCAGUCGCAGCACUCUCACCUGGUCAUCCAGCAGCUGCUAGGUCACCUGGAUGCCAACAGUAAGAAUUCAGCCACAGUGCGUGCUGGGAUAGUGGAAGUCCUCCUGGAGGCUGCAGCCAUUGCUUCCAGCGGCUCUGUAGGUCCCACUGUGUUGGAGGUGUUUAACACUCUGCUAAGGCAGCUGCGUCUCAGUGUGGACUACGAGCUGACCGGCUCCUACGACGCCAGCGGAAACAUUGGCAUCAAGAUCAUCAAAACACAUGAGGAGAGACAGCUACAGGAAGCCGUCAUCAGGACUAUUGGGUCGUUUGCGAACACCCUCCCUACAUACCAGCGCUCCGAGGUCAUGCUCUUCAUCAUGGGCAAGAUUCCUGUACCAGGGGUACACCCCGCACUCACAAACGCAGGCUCAGGGGGUUGUGAAGGGACCAGGAUGAUCCAGAUCAUGCUGCUGAAGUCACUGGUUCAGGUGACGACAGGGUUCCAGACCACCAACAUGCUGACGGCGCUACCCAACUCAUUCCUGGAGCCGCUGCUGUCCUUCUCUCUGAUGGAGGACCCGGAGGUCAGACUGCUGGUGCUCACCAUCCUCCUCAGUGUUAUAGACAGACACGACAACACACCCAAGUUCUCUAGCAUCAGCAUUAUAUCAGAUAUCUCUGUUCUCAAACUGAAAGUGGAUAAGUGCUCUCGACAGGACAACCUUUUCAUGAAAAAGCAUGCACAGCAGUUGUACCGCCACAUCUACUUGGCGUGUAAGGAGCAGAGCAGUGGUCCACAGCACUUUGAGACGCUCUACACCCUGCUGGCCCUCAUCAGCAUGGAACUGGCCAACGAAGAGGUGGUGGUGGACCUCAUCAGACUGGCCCUGGCCCUGCAGGAGUUGGCUCAAACCAACGAGGAGUCUCUGUCAGUCUAUAACCGCUGUGCUGUCCAUGCCCUCUCUGCUGCCUACCUCAACCUCAUCUGUCAACUCACCACCGUCCCCACCUUCUGUCAGCACAUACACGAGGUGAUUGAGAUGAGACAGAAGGAGGUACCCUUCCUUCUCCCUGAGGAUGUCUUCAUAGAAAACCCCAAGCUCCCUGCCUCUCUGGAGAAGUUGGAGGGGGAUGUUCUGUUCCAGCAGUCUAAGAUCACAGAAGUCUUGGGGGGCAGCGGCUACAACACAGACAGGCUGGCCACACCCUACAUCCCUCAGUUCACAGACGAGGACCGUCUGUCCAAGAGGAAGAGCAUUGGAGAGACCAUCUCACUACAGGUGGAGGUGGAGUCUAGGAACAGCCCAGAGAAAGAGGAGAGGACUCCAGCAGAGGAGAUCACAUUUGAAACUCUGAAAAACGCCAUUGUGGACAGUGUAGGGAUGGAGGAGCAGGAGAGAGAGCGCAGGAGGCAGGUGGUGGAGAAGUUCCAGAAGGCCCCCUUCGAGGAGAUAGCUGCCCACUGCGGUGCCAGGGCCACGUUGCUGCAGAGCAAACUCAAUCAGAUCUUUGAGAUCACAAUCCGACCCCCUCCCAGCCCGUCUGGCACCAUCUCAUCAGGCUACGGCCAGACCCAGAGCCGCUCGGUGCCCGUCUACGAGAUGAAGUUCCCUGACCUCUGUGUCUACUAGCCCUAAAGGUCAGGGGUCACCCUAGGAGGAGAGGGGAACAGGGGGUGUGGAGCUACAGCAGCCCUCGGUGUUAAAACAACUACAGACACUGUGACCUGUUCCCCCUGCUCCCCAUUCUCAUUCUGUCAAGAGCUACUGACAUGACUGACCAUGUGUUUUUUGCACUGUGAUCGCAGACUAAACAAAGACAAACAAAAAGGCAGCAGUGUGAGAUAUCGACCCUUCAGCCUUUGCUCGACCCCUCCCCCCAUCCUAAAAAUUCCCAUAUGACUGUCACCGGCUUGGGUUAGACUGUAGCCAGAAAGACCGUGGAGAAGAACAAUGGAUGGACUGAGGAUGGAUAGAACAGGGAGGAGAGAACAGAGUGAUCCCCAGUUUUAACCUUAUUUUCUCCCUGAUUAACUUGCUGCAUGCCCACCACUCUAAACACCACCCUUGAGCCCAUUACUAGUGUCUAGUCGUUGUCCUAGUUUAUCCCUCACUGGAUGCAUUACUACCCAAAGUGCACCAACAACAAAAUGGCUAAUUGCCAAAUGUAACAAAAUCAAAUGUUCUCAUUAGUUUUAUUGUAUUGCAAUUAUUUUGAUUUUCAGUACUGGAAAGGGACAACGUUAAAUACCUGACAAUGGAAGCUGUAAUGAAAAAUGUAUGGAAUCUAGUGUUUUAGUUUUCAGUGGGAUGACUACUUCUGAAACACUAUCCCCACUCCCUGCUCAGACCAUUCAGUUCUAAGUCAACGGUGCAUUGUGUUUGCUUGGUGCUUUUCAUGUCUUUUUAGGUUUUUAUUUUAAGUCUCUGGGGUGAGAACUCCAGAGUAUUUUUUUGUGUCGCUGCAUGUUAGCCGGGUGUGCUUUUGAUGCUGACCCAAAUUAUCUUCAUUUUGUAUUUUUUACCCCCUUGCUUUUUAAAUGUAUAUUGUAAUCCAUGAUUUGACUGCAAAGGUUAAAGUGUGUGACGUGUGUGCUGUCCUCCGAAAUGUGAGAGUGCCCUACAGAUGACAGCAGAACUAGAUUCAACCAGUCCAACCGUUCAUAAAAUCAGUCAUAGCUUUCCCACUUUGUAAGGAUCUGAAGAGUGUACACUUAUGUUUACAUGCUCAAACACUAGCAUAUGGGUCGUUCCAUCAAUACGGUGCCUUUUGAGAUGUGGAACUUGGUUAAAAGAAACUUCUGAUUUCACCUCAUUUUAACAUUGUUGUAAAGAGUAAGAUAUACAAAUAAUAUUAUAUAUAGUAACAGGAUUGACGAUUUCAUUUUAAAUCAGCCACAAAUCCCGUUACAAGGGAAUUGUAAGCUUGUUGUGUGCAACAGGGAGGGGCAAUUGCAUGGAUUUGUUAAAACAUUUCUAGCCUGUCCAUAUGGGUCACAGGCUUGACGUGUUAUGCUUGACCCACUCAGUUUUCACCACAAAACACCAGAAAAUGGCCAAAAAGAGUGGAACCAGCUCACCUGCUCUUACAUUACGAUUUGACUAUUAGAUGGUUAACAUUUCUUGAAGUUUUUUUUUUUUUCAAAGGAAUAGUUUCACCAUAUUCAGUUCACAUAACAGGGUUAACCAUAAAAUGAGGAACAUGUUGUUUUUUUACCUUAAAAUGAAUCACUAAUCAAAUGAAAUAAAUGAUCAUCUUCAGAAAUGACUUUGUCAAAGCAACAAGGGCUUUGAUGGUGAAAACUUUUGUGGGGUUAAGUAUGUUAAAAUCUUCCUGGAAGUCAGAGGGUGCAAGGAAGGACAUGUCAAAAUGCUGAAUUUUGGCACAUUAGCAAGUCUUUAUUCAUAUACAAAAAUAUGUAUUUAGUUCUCCAUAUGGUCUAUAAUAAAGGGCACUUCUUUGACUAUAACAGGCUUUUAAAAUUGAAUAUUGAUGCACAAUUUCAAAAGGUGCUCAUUUUGUUGAACGACCCAUAUAGACUAAUUAACCAACCCACAUUUAUUAUUUGUCAUAUACAGAUCUGCUAUCUUAAUUUUAUCUCUCGGUUGUCGCAGGAAAUGGUAAUUUUAGUGUAUUCAAGGUUUAAAAAGGCUUCUAAAGUUUGUAAUUUCCACUUAAAAACGUGACUUGAUUUGACCUAACGAAAAAUGUAUCAACACCUACAAAAGUGUCCAAUAAUUAUAAUCCACAUAAUUCACAUUUCCUGUUGCUGUUGGAUUAUUUUCCUGCUGUGAGAAGCAGGGUCAAAUUAAGAUUGUGUACGUGUAUACAGAGUACGUUACAUAUCUAGCUAUAACCAUGAUGUAAAUUAGUUAAUUUUGUUUGUGUAUAGAUCUAUAAAUAUCAUUUUAGAUUGCACUGACUAGCCAUAGUUAAGGGAAAUAUCUACUAAUAUGUUUAAGAGUGUAUGUAUGUAUGUAU